AUGGUGAUAGGUGCGUCAUCGUUGGAUGAGAUCAGAAAGGCACAAAGAGCGGAUGGACCAGCAAGCAUCUUAGGGAUAGGCACGGCAAACCCUACGAACCAUGUGAUCCAGACAGAGUAUCCAGACUACUAUUUCCGCAUCACCAACAGUGAACACAUGACCGACCUCAAGGACAAGUUCAAGCGCAUGUGCGACAAAUCGAUGGUACGGAAACGGCACAUGCACCUCACUGAGGAGUUUCUGAAAGACAACCCGAAGAUAUGCGCCCACAUGGCUCCUUCCUUGGACAUUAGGCAAGACAUCGUGGUGGCCGAGGUCCCUAAGCUAGGCAAAGAGGCAGCAGUGAAGGCUAUCAAGGACUGGGGUCAGCUCAAGUCCAAGAUCACUCAUCUCGUCUUCUGCACCACCUCUGGCGUCGACAUGCCUGGUGCUGACUACCACCUCAUCAAGCUCCUCGGCCUAAGUCCCUCCGUUAAGCGUCUCAUGAUGUACCAACAAGGUUGCUUCGCUGGUGGCACUGUCCUUCGUUUGGCCAAGGACAUCGCUGAGAACAACCGUGGCGCACGUGUCCUUGUUGUUUGCUCUGAGAUUACAGCAAUCACCUUCUCUGGCCCCUCAGACACCCACCUCGACUCCCUUGUUGGACAAUGCCUCUUCGGUGAUGGCGCUGCCGCACUCAUUGUGGGUUCGGACGUGGAUACUUCUGCGGGAGAGAAGCCAAUCUUUGAGAUGGUGUCUGCCGCACAGACCAUCCUCCCAGACUCAGAGGGAGCCAUAGAAGGACAUCUAAAGGAAGUGGGACUUACCUUUCAUCUCUUGAAGACUGUUCCUGAGCUCAUCUCAAAGAACAUCGAGACUAGUCUAGAAGAAGCGUUUAAACCGCUUGGGAUAAGAGAUUGGAACUCUCUCUUCUGGAUAGCACAUCCUGGAGGUCCAGCGAUCCUCGACCAAGUUGAGAUAAAGCUAGGGCUAAAGGCAGAGAAGAUGAAGGCGACUCGUCAGGUGUUGAGAGAGUAUGGCAACAUGUCGAGCGCGACCGUCCUCUUCGUACUUGAUGAGAUGAGGAGGAAGUCUGCUGAGGAUGGUGCAGUGACGACAGGAGAAGGGUUGGAGUGGGGUGUCUUGUUUGGUUUUGGACCAGGUCUCACUGUAGAAACGGUCGUCUUGCACAGUGUUCCUUUGUAA